CCAUCAUUGGUGUCAGUGGGAGGAAUAGUGCCCCAUCGUUGGUAUCAGUGGGGAGGAGGAAUAGUGCCCCAUCGUUGGUGUCAGUGGGGAGGAGGAAUAGUGCCCCAUCGUUGGUGUCAGUGGGGAGGAGGAAUAGUGCCCCAUCGUUGGUGUCAUGGGGGAGGAAUAGUGCCCCAUCAUUGGUGUCAGUGGGGGAGAAUAGUGCCCCAUCAUUGGUGUCAGUGGGGAGGAAAGUGCCCCAUCAUUGGUGUCAGUGGGGGAGGAAUAGUGCCCCAUCGUUGGUGUCAGUGGGGGAGGAAUAGUGCCCCAUCGUUGGUGUCAGUGGGGGAGGAAUAGUGCCCCAUCGUUGGUGUCAGUGGGGGGAGGAAUAGUGCCCCAUCGUUGGUGUCAGUGGGGAGGAGGAAUAGUGCCCCAUCAUUGGUGUCAGUGGGGAGGAGGAAUAGUGCCCCAUCAUUGGUGUCAGUGUGGAGGAGGAAUAGUGCCCCAUCGUUAGUGUCAGUGGGGGAGAGAAGCGGCUGCUCCUUCUUU